AUGGUGGUCUGCAAGUUCUACGAGCAGGGGACCUGCAGGUAUGGAAACAGCUGUAGGUUUGAGCACCCACGAGGUGGCCAAUCAAGCAACCGAUUUGCAGCUUUCGGCUCCAACUCCGGAGGGGGCUUCAACCGCGGCGGAAACGACUCGCUACCAUACUCGCUGUCUAAGGAAGCGAUCGAGAAGGAUUUGACCUCCGAGGCACCACAAUGGAUUCUGUCAGCGUACGGUCCGGGAAGGGACGCACCGGAACAGCUGUUCGGCGGAUCGAUGCGCGAACAAAGCUUUGAGGAGAUGCGGCUUCACCAUGUCAUGGCAACAGCGUCGGGAAAUCCUCAGCAAGCGCUCAACCAAGCUCAAGAGCUCUACCAGAACGCCCAACAGCAGAUGAAGACAGCGGUCGCGGACUUGGAUGGCGCCAUUCAAUUCAUCAUCUCGGCAGAGCAGAAGCACCCGAAUCGAAACGACAUUUGCAAACAAGGAAACACGGGUGGUACCACGGGGAAGUUUGCGGUUGGAAAUGGAGCUACAUCAUCCCUCGGCCAACAGAACCCCUUCUCGUCCGGCUCGUCUGGGGCAACGGCGAACCCCUUUUCUGCUGGUAACCAACAGUCAUCAGCAUUCGGGAGCGGGCCAUCAUCGACCGGUAGUGCCUUCGGUCAGGCUUCCUCCCUGGGUCAAAAGCCAAAUCCCUUCGGUACACCCGCGUUCGGGCAGCCGUCCCAGCCCAGCUCGGCGUUCGGCCAGGCAUCAUCAACACCGGCGUUUGGCCAGCCCUCACAACCGACAUCAGCAUUCGGAAGCGGGGCUCAAAGUCAGACUCCGGCGUUUGGCCAGCCAUCUCAACCGACGUCUGCUUUCGGGCAACCCAGUGCCUUGGGCGGGGGAACAUCAGCCUUUGGCCAGCCAUCACAACCGGCUGCGACGGGAAGCGCGUUCGGUCAGGCGAGUGCGUUGGGCCAGAAACCGAAUCCCUUUGGCACGCCUGCUUUUGGGCAGCCAGCGCAACCUAGUACGGGCAGUGCGUUUGGACAACCGUCACAGCCUGGGGCAACAGGGAGUGCUUUUGGCCAGCCGUCACAACCUGGUGCAACGGGGAGCGCAUUUGGUCAGGCGAGCACCUUGGGUCAGAAGCCCAAUCCUUUCGGUGGAGGCGGCACUGCGGCAACAUCAAGUCCUUUUGGCAGUGCUGGCGGAGGCAACACUGCGAGUCCAUUUGGACAGGCACAAACCAGCACCACCAGCGCAUUCGGGCAGCCAGCUCAAAACCCGACACAGAGUGCGAGCCCAUUCGGUGCGCCAUCGCAGCCUGCGCAGCCUGCGCAGAGCGCGUUUGGGCAACCAUCACAACCCGGCGCAGCGGCCAGUCCGUUCGGGCAACCGAAGCCCGCUGCCUCCAGCCCCUUCGGACAACCUGCCCAGGCCCAGGCGGCGAGCAAUCCCUUCGGCGCGAAGCAAGAUGCCCAACCCAGUGCUGGUUCGAUGACCACCCAGCCCACGAGUGCCUUUGGCCAACCGGCACAGCCUCAGACCGCCGCGAAUCCUUUCCAACAGAACAAGCCAGCCUUUGGCCAAGCUACCGGCCUGGGCGCGGGAACAGCAGCAGCAAAUCCCUUUGGCAGCCAACCCGCUGCGCCAGCCCCUCAAGCAGCUCAAGCAGCCCAACCAGCGGGCGCUGCCGGAAGCGGGCCAUAUCCCCCAGGCAGCUCGAGGCAACAUCCUCCCGUGUCCAGCUACAGCUCCAAGGGCAUGGACGGACGACUGUCGAACUGGAAGGGCAAGCCGGUCACAUACCAGAACAACAUGCCGGGCAUUCGUACCUUCGACGGAUCGUGGACAAGAAUCUGGUUCCCCGACGGGCCUCCGAACUACUACAAGGACACUGAGCUUCCGGACGAUUCAUAUGAUGAUAAGUCGAAGCUGCAGUGGCAAGCAUUUGCUCAGACGGGGAAGUUUGAGGGCAGCGUGAUGCCCGAGUUGCCUCCCAAGAGAGAAUUCUGCCUUUGGGACCUAUGA